AGAUCUACCGGCCCUACCAUGUUUGUCCUUCUCCUGGGCCUCAUGGCCGGAGCCUGCUUCUCCCUUGUGCCAGAGAAAGAGAAGAAUCCUCAGUAUUGGAGGGACCAAGCCCAGCAGACCCUCCAGCAUGCCCUCAAACUCCAGAACCUCAACACCAACGUGGCCAAGAAUGUGAUCUUGUUUCUGGGAGAUGGAAUGGGGGUGUCCACUGUCACCGCUGCCCGGAUCCUCAAAGGCCAGCUUCACCACAUGCCCGGAGAGGACUUCCAGCUCGAAAUGGACAAGUUUCCCUUUGUAGCGCUGUCCAAGACAUACAACACCAAUGCCCAGGUUCCUGACAGUGCUGGGACAGCCACAGCCUUCCUCUGUGGAGUGAAGAGCAACCAGGGAACGCUGGGCAUGAGUGCAGCAGUCGUCAGAUCACAGUGCAACACCACGAGAGGCAAUGAAGUCACCUCCAUCUUACGCUGGGCCAAGGAUGCUGGCAAAUCUGUUGGCAUUGUGACCACCACCCGAGUGCACCACGCCACGCCUGCCGCUGCCUACGCACACUCUGCUGAUAGGAGUUGGUAUUCAGACAACGAGAUGCCCCCUGAGGCCUUGGAUCAGGGCUGCAAGGACAUAGCCCACCAGCUGGUCCAUAACAUCCCAGAUAUUGAGGUAAUCAUGGGUGGAGGCCGGAAAUACAUGUUUCCUAAGAACACAAAGGAUGUGGAGUACGGGGAUGAGAAGUGGGCAAGAGGGACAAGGCUGGAUGGGCAGGUCCUCGUCAAUGUCUGGAAGGACAAGAAGCCUCAGAACAAGAAUGCCCACUAUGUCUGGAACAGCAUGCAGCUGCUAGAACUGGAUUUGACCCAUGUGGACUACCUCCUAGGACUUUUUGAGCCAAUGGAUAUGCCCUAUGAACUCGACAGAAACAACCAGACAGACCCAUCACUGACUGAGAUGGUGGAGGUGGCCAUCAAGAUCCUGAGUAGGAACCCUAAAGGCUUUUUCCUGCUGGUAGAAGGGGGCCGGAUUGACCAUGGUCACCAUGAGGGAAGAGCCAAACAAGCUUUGCAUGAAGCGGUGGAGAUGGACCGGGCCAUCGGGCGUGCUGGUGCCCUGACCUCCCUGGAAGAUACCCUGACUGUGGUUACAGCAGACCAUUCCCACGUAUUCACCUUUGGUGGCUACACCCCCCGAGGGAACUCCAUCUUUGGGCUUGCCCCCAUGGUGAGUGACAUAGAUAAGAAACCCUUCACAUCUCUCCUCUAUGGAAAUGGGCCUGGCUACAAGGUCGUGGCUGGCGAGAGAGAGGACAUUUCCACCGUGGACUAUGCUCAUAAAAACUACCAGGCCCAGGCAGCGGUGCCCCUGAGAAGUGAAACCCACGGGGGUGAAGAUGUGGCUGUGUUUGCCAAGGGUCCCAUGGCUCAUCUCCUGCAUGGCGUCCAUGAGCAAAACUACAUUCCCCAUGUCAUGGCCUACGCAUCCUGCAUUGGGGCCAACAAAGACCAUUGCCGAUCUCACUCAUCGGCCGGGCCGGCCCCACAACCGGCACUGUUCCCAGGCCUCCUCACCAUUUUCCUCCUGCUCAGCCUCUUGUUCUAA